GAGGCUUAGUGAGUAAUGAAAAGUCUCUUGGGUAUGGUACUUCGCAGAUUCAAUUCUUCUAUUAGCAUUCGCGUUGACGGCUCAUGCGCCGCGGCUAAUCUUCUAAAUGGAGUCGGCUACAUAGUGAACAGUUCCCUCGUAUCGUGCUCCGAGCAUAUAAAGGUGGCGAGAGUCGGCGGCGGGCGUAGUCAGAGCCAGCCACUGAUUUGGGCACAUCGCGUAUCCGCGACCACACACUAGCGCGUAAAAUCACGGACAUAAUUCGAAAGAAAAUUAUACCAAUUAACUAGGUGACGCUGUGUUUUUGUUAAGCGUCUACUGUUUUUGUGCUUCAAGUUUUUAUUCAUUUACUCGCUGCCACAAUGUCGGAUGAGGAUACCAAAUUAAAUUUCGAAACGAUGGAGGCCGGAGAUUUCAAAGACUUCGCCAAGGCGAUGACCGAUUACAUUGCUGAAUACUUGGAAAAUAUCAGAGACAGACAAGUGGUACCAUCAGUGAAGCCUGGCUACUUGAGGCCCCUGGUGCCAGAGCACGCUCCCGAGAAGGCAGAGCCCUGGACAGCAGUGAUGGCGGACAUCGAGCGCGUCGUCAUGUCCGGGGUCACCCACUGGCACUCGCCGCGCUUCCACGCCUACUUCCCCACCGCCAACUCCUACCCUGCCAUCGUGGCUGACAUGCUCAGCGGUGCCAUCGCCUGCAUUGGUUUUACUUGGAUCGCGAGUCCAGCUUGUACGGAGUUGGAGGUGGUGAUGCUUGACUGGCUGGGCCAGAUGCUGGGUCUGCCCGACUCGUUCCUGGCUAAGUCUGGUGGUGAGGCAGGUGGUGUCAUUCAAGGCACCGCCAGUGAGGCCACGCUGGUGGCGUUGCUUGGAGCCAAGAACCGCACCAUCUUACGUGUUAAGGAAAAGCACCCCGAAUGGAGCGAGACGGAAAUUCUUUCGAAACUCGUCGGUUAUUGCAACAAGCAAGCCCAUUCUUCCGUGGAACGUGCUGGACUUUUGGGAGGAGUAAAGCUUCGUUCACUGCAGCCUGAUGGAAAGAGGAGACUUCGCGGAGAUACUCUCCGAGAGGCUAUUGAGGAAGAUACUCGCAACGGACUUAUUCCAUUCUAUGUCGUUGCUACCCUGGGCACAACAUCAUCCUGCGCAUUUGAUGCAUUGGACGAAAUUGGAGACGUGUGUAACGAACAUGGCGUGUGGCUGCACGUAGACGCUGCCUACGCCGGCUCUGCAUUCAUCUGCCCUGAGUACCGUUACCUCAUGAAGGGUGUAGAGAAGGCAGAUUCCUUCAACUUCAACCCACACAAAUGGUUACUGGUUAACUUUGAUUGUUCCGCCUUGUGGCUGAAGGAACCGCGUUGGAUCAUCGAUGCCUUCAAUGUGGACCCACUGUACCUGAAACACGAUAUGCAAGGAUCUGCUCCAGACUACCGUCACUGGCAAAUACCUUUGGGCCGUCGUUUCAGAGCCCUCAAGCUGUGGUUCGUCCUGCGUCUAUACGGCGUAGAGAAUCUUCAAAAGCACAUUAGAAAGCAUAUUGCUUUGGCUCAUCUAUUUGAGAAGUUGUGCAGCGCUGAUGAAAGAUUCGAAAUUUACGAAGAAGUGACCAUGGGAUUGGUUUGCUUUAGACUAAAAGAAAGUAACGAGAAGAACGAAGAAUUACUGAGGCGUAUUAACGGAAGAGGCAAAAUUCAUUUAGUUCCUUCUAAAAUUGAUGACACCUAUUUCCUAAGGUUAGCUAUUUGCUCGCGCUUCAGCGAGGAGAGUGAUAUUCAUAUCUCGUGGGAAGAGGUGAAGGCUUCUGCUGAUGACGUACUUAAAGGCCAAUAAGAGUGCUUUGCAUUUCAAAAUAAUAGCAAUAAUUUAACGUAAUAAAUAUUCUUGCCACUUCAUGAAAACAAAAAAAAAAGCUUAUAGGUAGGGAUGGAUAUAAAAUAGCAUCCAUUUGCGUACCUAUAGUAGAAAGAUAUAUUAUUGGCUUAGGGCUGCUGAUUGUAUUUUACGCCAUAUACAUAGUUGUCUAUUUAUAUCCUACUAGGUACAAUGUAUAAACAAAAUUGUGAUAGUGAACGUGUUUAUUGAGUUUAAAACUUAAACUGAAUGCAGUAUGAGACAAUAAUUAAUUCGUUCAGUCCUUUAAAAUGUAGAUGCUUCUUAGAUCUGGGUUAGAUUCCCGAAUCCUGAUUGUAAUUGUGUAGAUUGUUGUGAGAGGUAAUAAAUGAGUUGUGAUAAUUUUAAUUUAAUAAUGACAAUAUCGGUAGGUGCGUUAUCUUUUCGAAAAAGUGCGACCAAUUUUAUGAUAAGUUUAUAGACACAAUGUGUAUUAACACGUACCUACCGACCUUACUAAGUACCUUAAUUAUUUAAAUUACUAUUAUUAUUAAAUCCAGUGUUAAUGAUUUAGUAUAUUUUAAUGUAAUUAGCGAUGUCGACCACCAAACUAACUCUAUAAUAAAUCUUUAUGAUUAAAUUAGAUUUGUGUGGACCUACGUUUACUUACUGGGUUUAUACUUAAGGUAGGUCAUUCCUCCGAUUUUGUGAGUCGACAAGCGAUAAUUCCUGCGUGUUGUUAUUUAUAUUAUUUUUUUACAUAUACUUGUCUAAACUUUUAACGAUAUUUAUCGUAACAAAAUUGUAUACGUGUCUAUUUAAACUACAUGUUAUAUCUGUUAUUAUAUUUAAUGUGUAAUAAACGAUAUUAUAAUGAAA